AUGGUGUCAUAUACGCAAUUUCUCACCAAAGAUCCUCUUGAUAGCUAUGAGGAUCUCGACAAGUACAAUCGCGAGUACCUCCCUAAGGUGGAAAAGUACCGUGCUGAUCUUAAAGAUGCCAUCAAGCCGGAGUACUCAACGGAGUUGCCCAAGGCUGCUGAGGCAUUGGCCGAGGAGCAGUUCGACGCAAUGAAGUAUUUGUAUGACAAGAAGCUUUUGAGUGAAAAGGAGUUCGAGAUCACGGAUUCUUCUGCCACUAGAAUCUUAUCUCAGAUCGCCAAAGGUGCUUGGACAUCGGUAGAAGUUUUCAAAGCGUUUGCUAAGAGAGCCACCAUUGCUCACCAAUUGACCAAUUGCGCGCUUGAACUUUUUACUGAAGAAGGUUUAAAGCGUGCUGAGUACUUGGAUGACUACUACAAGAAGAACGGUAAGACGGUGGGUCCAUUGCAUGGGUUGCCUGUUUCUUUGAAAGAGCAGAUGAACUAUAAGGGUAAAAUCACCCACGGCGGCUAUGUUUCCCACAUCACCAAUAUUGCUGAAAAACAUGCGCCUACGGUUCAGGUUUUAGAGAAUUUGGGCGCCGUGUUCUACGUGAGAACCAACCAGCCUCAGACCUUGAUGCACUUGUGCGGUAACAACAACUUUAUUGGUUGGUCCAGAUGCCCUUACAACUUGUCCUUGACUGCAGGUGGCUCAUCCUCUGGAGAAGGUGCCAUCACUGCCUUUGGUGGAUCUGCUAUCGGUAUUGGCUCUGAUAUCGGCGGAAGUGUGAGAGGGCCAGCUGCAUUCAGUGGUUCUGUCGGCUUGCGUCCAACCACGAACAGGUUCUCUAAAGCCGGCGGAGUUUCUUCAGCUGGUGGUCAAGAAUCUGUGCCCGCUGUACAGGGACCCAUGGGCAGAUCUGUGAACGAUAUCGACAUGAUCAUGGAUGCGUACAUCAACCAAGGCAAGCCCUGGGUGUUGGACUGCAUUUCCAUGCCCAUACCAUGGAGAAAAGUCGAGAAGCCAAAGCCACAAAGCUUGACUGUGGCAAUUGAAUAUGACGACGGCAUUGUUCACCCCACACCACCAAUUACCAGAGGUUUGAAGCACCUUGCUGAGAAACUCAAGGCAGCUGGAGUCAAGGUAGUUGAGCACAAGGCUCUCAAGACUCAAUUUGCGUACGAGCUCGUCAACAAGAUGUACUCUGCUGACGGCAAUUACAAGCAAAGAGCACUCUUGGCUCCCUCUGGUGAGCCCUUGUGCAAAUUGACCAAGUGGAGUUUGAACUACGGUGACGGCGCCAGGGAGUUUGGUGUUGCUGAGAACAGACAAAUGAGCAUUGACAGGGAUAAGUUGAGACAAGAGUACACUGACUACUUAAAUGAGAACGGCAUUGAUGUUCUCAUAUCGCCAGUGUUUGUCAAUGUGGCCCCCAAGCCGGAGACUGCCUACUGCUGGUCAUACACCACACUUUUCAACCUUCUCGACUUCCCAUCUUUGACAAUUCAAACCGGCUUGUAUCAGGACCCCAAGCUUGACAAAUGGGACCCCAAGCCAGUUCCAAGAAGCGACUUGGAAAAGCUCGAGCACGACCAGUACGACCCUGAGCAAUUCAAAAACGCCCCUAUUGCGGUGCAAAUUACUGGUAGAAGGUACUUUGACGAGGAAGUUGUUGCAGCAGGAAAGACAAUCGAAGAUAUCUUGGGCGUUGAUUUGCUCAAGCACCAUUAA